AAUGCCUCGCUUGUAGAGAUGACUGAGACCAUCACAUAACCACCACAAUAUGGGAUCAGGACCGAGUAGUCAGAAGUCCCAGCCACCAACCCUACUGCCAAUUCAGGUGGUGCACAACUUGGAGAAUGAGAGGUUCAAGAAUGGAAGUCUGGAGCCACUACAACCUCAAGCGGUGCAGAACACUGCGAAUGAGCAACUAGAAGAUGACACACAUACUAGAGGUCAGAAGGACUUGAAAAGGCUGGAAAGUUCGUCGGAGUUUGGGCAGGAUGUGAUGAUCAGCUACAGCCAUCAGGACAUGGACUUCAUGAGGAAAAUGAGAGGGUCUUUGGAGUCAGCUGGCAUCAGCGUGUGGGUGGAUGAACAGGGACUAGGAGCAGGGGUGGACUUCCUCAACAAGAUCGGUCAUGCCAUUGUGGAAGCAAAGGUUUUCCUCUCCUUGCUCAGUCCCAACUCCGUCACCUCUAAGUACUGUAAGGACGAGCUUGCCCUGGCAUACAUCUCCAACAAACCCAUCUUUCCUGUUGCCAUGGCAACAAGAGACGGACUGCGGAAGGGCAUGGACUUUGGGAUGCAGCUAACCCUGGCCCCCAUGGAGUGGGUAGACUUCUCUGACAGAGACAAGUUUGACGUCAGUUUUGCUGCCCUGACACAGAAAAUCAAGGCUGCAACCAACGAUGGAGAUGAGAGUAAAGUUGCUGAAGUUGGCAAACCCAAGCUUGAGCGGCAACCUACCAGGCAAAACCUGAACAAAAUGACACGGCUGAAUUCCAACCCACUGGACGACGAGUCAGACUUCUGGGAGAGAGCCUUCAAAGAUGCAAAGGACGUCCCAUGGUCAAAGUUCAAAGAAGCUUUUGACAAACAGUACGGCUCCCUGCUGGAUGGUAUGCAGAUCAGCAGUGAUGCGGAGAACAAGGACUGGCUCAUGACGGUGCUGAAGAGAGAAAUGAACGUAGAGAACAACGUUUUAACAAGGGAAAACUAUGAUGAGUUCCGGUUCAUGGGUGGAGUGAAGCUCCCGUUCUGGCAGCGUGUCCACGAGCAGGCCGUGGAGUCCUACACCAUGAGGGAGGUGUUCCAGAUGGAGUCUUCUGUCAGACUCUCAGCUAUUGAAGAUUUAGCUAAGUAUCGCAGUAAAGCCGUAGUGGAUGCCCUGUUGGACCUGCUACAGGACGAAGACCCUAACGUGAGGGCCGUGGCUGCAGUUACACUGGCCAAGUCAGGCAACGCUGAGGACCAACAGGUUAUCAACAGGUUACUUAAGACAUUACAAGACAAGGACAGACUUGUGAGGGAGAGUGGCUGCAUUGCCCUGGGUCACCUGAGGGUCAGGCAAGCUGUGCCACAGUUGGUGCAUCUUUGGAGGAACGACACCAUCUCUACGGUCCGCGAGGCAGCGUCCGUCUCCCUGGAGAAGAUCGGUGGAGAGGAGGCAGAGAAGGCCAUCCACAUGACCAAGGUGCUGAGUGAAGAGAUCAAACUACUCAUGACACAGAGCAUGCAGAAACAGGACAGGGACAAACGGUAGCAACAAGUGGACUGUGAGGGAAAAACAUUUCAAGACCUGUCAUAAAAGUUCAUCUGUUUCAUUUCUUUUUAUUUGUUUACCCAGGGUUACAUUUUGACAUUACAAUUUUCCCUGCAGAAACAGAACUGGGACAAACUCUAGCAACAAGUCACUCACUCACUAGCACCGAGUGAAAAGGGCAAAACAGUAAUCUCCAAGAGACCUCAUGUCUGUAACUCUCGUGGAUUCAGAAGUGAUUGGUCAUUAAUUAUCCUGAUGAUUGAGCAAAGAGAUGAAGCUACUCAUGAAACAAAGCAUGAAGAAACAGGACAGGGACAAACGGUAGACAGGGCAAAACAGUUAUCUGUGACCGUGUGUCUGUAACUCUUGUGGGUUUAUGUCGAAAGUGAUUGGUCAU